AUGGAGCCUGUACCAGCCCAGCUGCUUCCAGUUGUUGCUGUCGGGGCAUUGGCCUUUUAUAGUGUCAAGUGGCUGCUGUCAGGCGGCACAGACCUACGAUCCGAACUGCUCCAGGCCUUGAAAAGUCCGGGCCAAUUCCAGCAGUUUGUGCAAGGCCUUGUUCCGCAAGGAAGGCCUCCAGGCCAUGUCGUCCAGGCCAUCUUAGCUGAAGUACAGGGCGUGCUUGGAAGCCAGGCAUACAUCGAGCUUCAAGGUUCAGCGUGGAAGCACACCAACAUCACUUGCUCCGACCAUGAUUACCACAUCAAGUGGUUCAGGUCAGCUGAACCGGUGAGCCCGGUGAGCCGCCAGCAGAUGGUCGGAAUCUGCUGGUGGUUGAACCUGAAAGGAGAGGUGCAAGCUCACAUGGGGCCCACUGCCCUUAAGAUUGACUACCAGACUGGAACCACUAGCGGCUCAAUCGAUGUCGUUCCCCUCAAUGGGAACUAUUUUGGUCCGGGCGUUAUCGUUGAGCCGGCCGACAGGGACUUUCACAACAACAUCCCGCGGCAGAACGCGGCCCGAGCCUUGAAGUACGUUGCCCAUGUCUUGAACUGGCGCCUUCGGAGCUACGACUUGGAGCGAGUGGUUGUUGGGUUAGAUGAACCAGCUUAUAACCCGGCCUUCCAGUGGGAUCCUCAUGCAGCCUACCAACAGGAUCGUCAUGGCCUGAAGCUCUUCAAGCGUGCAAUGCAACUUUACUUCCACCUGUGGCCUCGAGGCUGGCCACAGGAGUUGAAGGAAGCCUUGGAAGCGUAG